GACACCACUGAUCCUGUAACAUGGAGGAUUGUCUUCAUACCUCAUCUGAGAAUCUGUCCAAAUUGGUCAGCUGGGCCCACAGCCAUGGGACCAUUUGCAGCCUUAUUCCAAACUUGAAACACUUGCUUUCUGAAGGUUCCCAUGGGAACCUGACUGCAAUGUGGGGCUGUAGUGCUGGCCAUGCCUACCAUUGGCCACUAGCAGCUACCUGCAGAGCUGGAUCACAAGAGAGGGUCUGUUUCCAAGACAACAGAAGUUUCAACUCUGAUAGUCCCAGUAUAAUUGGGGUGCCUUCUGAGACACAGACUAGCCCUGUUGAAAGGUACCCUGGGAGACCAGUGAAAGCAAAGCUAGACUGUAAUCGGACCAGAGACUCCUGUGACUUCUCUUAUUGCAGUGAGCCCUCUGAACUAGAUGAAGCUGUGGAAGAGUAUGAAGAUGAAAACACCCUGUUUGACAUGGUUUGUGAAUCCUCUGUUACAGAUGAGGAUAGUGACUUUGAACCCCAAACCCAAAGGCCUCAAAGCAUCACUCGUAAAAGGCCAGGAGUAGUCCCAUCCUCCCUCCAUUCAGGCUCUCAGUUGCAGAUGGUUGAUGAAUGCAGCAAUGAUGUCAUCAUCAAGAAAAUCAAACAAGAGAUUCCAGAAGAUUAUUACAUUGUGGCAAAUGCAGAGCUCACAGGAGGGGUAGAUGGACCAGCCUUAUCACUGACACAGAUGGCAAAACCCAAGCCUCAGGCUCAUGCUGGUCCCUCCUGUGUAGGAUCUGCUAAGCUGAUUCCACAUGUAACAUCUGCCAUCAGCACGGAGCUAGACCCACAUGGUAUGUCUGCAUCCCCUUCUGUGAUCUCCAGACCAAUCAUCCCAAAGACUACUCGGAUAUCUCUGGCUUCACCAAACAGAGGACCCACUGGUGCCCAUGGCACCAACCAGCAGGCAGCAUUGCAGAUGCCUGUGAGCACAUCCCAUCCAAACAAACAGAUCAGUAUUCCUUUGUCUGCCCUGCAGCUCCCUGGACAGGAUGAGCAAGUUGCUUCUGAGGAGUUCUUAGCCCAUCUGCCCAGCCAGGUCUCAUCCUGUGAGGUAGCCCUUUCUCCCUCAGUGAACACAGAGCCAGAAGUGAGCUCCAGUCAGCAGCAGCCUCCAGUCGCUCCAACCAUAACAACUGAAGCCACGGCACAGUGCAUACCAGACCAGGAUGAAAGAGCAGCUGAGCUCAGCAGGGAGCAGAACGAGAAAACCAUCCGGAGCACGCAGACUGCGCUCCGCAAUUUCCCUUACUCUACUAAGCUCAACAAAUUUCCUGUAUUUAAUAUUAAUGAUGACUUGAGUGAUCUGUGUACCAGUGCAGUAAGCCCAAAUACUACUAAAGCCACGCGGUACGCCCUGAAUGUGUGGCGGUAUUGGUGCAUGACCAACGGGCUCAAGGAUCACACGGACAUCACCAAGAUCCCUGCAGUGAAGUUGAAUGAGCUGCUCGAAAACUUCUACGUCACCGUUAAGAAGAGUGACGGCUCAGACUUCCUGGCCACCUCGCUCCAUGCCAUCCGCCGAGGCUUGGACCGCAUCCUGAAGAACGCAGGUGUGGGCUUUUCCAUCACCAGCAGCACCUUCAGUUCUUCUACCAAGAAACUCAAGGAGAAGCUGUGGGUGCUGAGUAAGGCAGGGAUGUCGGGUGCCCGUUCUCGGAACAUCGUCUACUUCUCCCUGUCCGACGAGGAGGAAAUGUGGCAGGCGGGGUGUCUAGGGGACGACAGCCCUAUCACUCUCCUGUCCACUGUGGUCAAGUACAACAGCCAGUACCUGAACAUGCGGACGCUGCAGGAGCACGCGGAUUUGAUGUACGGUGACAUCGAACUGCUCAAAGACGCACAGAACCAGCCCUACUUCGCCCGGACAGACAGCGUCAAGCGGGAGAGUCGGAGCGGUUCCACUAGAGUGUGUCACGGGAAGAUCUACCAUGAGCACUCCCGGGGACACAAGCAGUGCCCGUACUGCCUCCUCUACAAGUACAUGUACAUCCACCGGCCGCCCACCCAAAUGGAGGCCAAGUCCCCCUUCUACCUGACGGCCAGGAAGGAGGCCGCGGACAUGGGCAGCGUGUGGUAUGAGGAGCAGAGGAUGGGACUGCGGUCUCUCCGGGGAAUUGUCCCCAACUUAGCCAAGAAGGUCAAGCUGGAAAACUGUGAGAACUUCACCUUCGUCUCUUUCACUCAGGUCUCCAGGAGGCUUGGCUCCCACAGCUGCUGCCAGUGAGCCCCGCCCCAGCCGGGCCACCGCCGGGCCCCCCUCCGAGGCCGAGCUCCCUCCUGCAGCCAGGGCCAGAGUCGGCAGCAGCGCAGAGCUCCGGGGCGCCAGAGGCUGACCGCGGGGACUCCGUGGACCUGCUGGUCUUCCUCAGUGUGGCCUGCUGUGCCUCUGCCUCGGAGUCUGUUUUUUAAAUGAAAGUAGGUGAAUCUCAAUAAUUCGGCUGUUUUAUCCAAAUAUGUGUCACCUUCACUCAGUCGCAGAAGCAAAUACAAUGUGUAAUUGCUAUCAACAAGAGUGAGGAAAUUCAUUUUAUCUAGUGCCUUUUUAGCAAAGGUUUCCUGGAGAAAAGAAAAAGAAAAAGCAAAACUCUUUAAGCAUCAUUUUUAAAAAUCCCAGUAGCCCAGUAGCGUUAGAAUGUGAUGAAGGCUGUACAUGUCGUUGGAUUACAUUCACAAUAAGGAGUAGAGAGCGGCGGACAUGUCAGAGAAUUGCACUUGACACCCCUUUGU